UGCAAACAAAGACCACGACCGCAAUACUGAUAUUCUUGCUCCCCCCCGGAGACAAGAAAUCCUAGACUAGACAGAGUAGCACUCAAGUCUCGAACGACUAAGCACGACAAGUACCGAACUUUCCUCGCUGUCGAUUCGCGUGCCGGCACAAUCGCCCAACAUGGCUCCGCACGCCUCUUCCCCCUCAACCUCCUCUCGUCCGGUCACAAUUCAGGGAGGCAAAGACACGGGCACCCUCCCAUUCGACCACACUGCCCCUGCCGCCCCCGUGACCUUUCAGCGCCGCCAGGCCACCGGCGCCGGCGAGUUCAUUGCGAAGCCCGCCGUGGCCCGCGCCAACCUGGCCGUGUCGACAUUUGCGCCCAACGGAAGCCCCGAGUCGAAGAACGGUCGAAUGCGGGAUCAUACGGUACUGCAGCAGCACGUGCUAUUCUGGGACCGGGACCAGGACGGCCAGAUCUACCCAUGGGAUACGUAUGUCGGGUUCCGGGACCUGGGUUUCAGCAUCCUCUUCUCACUGCUCGCGGUGGUGAUCAUCAACGUCAACUUCUCCUACCCCACCCGGCUGGCCGUCUCCUGGUGGCCCGAUCCGUGGUUCCGCGUCUACGUCGGUGGAAUUCACAAAGCCAAGCAUGGCUCUGACUCAGGGGUUUAUGACAAGGAGGGCAGAUUCGUUCCCCAGAUGUUCGAGGACAUAUUUUCUAAAUGGGAUGUCCACGGCGCCGGGUCGCUAUCGGCGGGCGAGCUGUGGAAUAUGAUUAAGGGGAAUCGCCUCGCUGCUGAUCCGUUCGGGUGGGGCGCUGCCAUAUUUGAAUUCGGCACUACGUGGCUGCUGCUGCAGAAGGACGGUCGCGUAUCCAAGGAGGACCUCCGGCAGACAUAUGAUGGUACCAUCUUCUGGAAGAUCAAGGAGGCUAGGGAGCAGGGCAAGGGCUGGAACAAGGGUUUUGGGCUGCGCGACCUUCUCUUGCUUGGUCAACACGAGGUUAAGGCGCGUAUCGUGUAA